UGAAUGCAAUACAGCACAUUUACCUGCUUGCUCUGACUUGCUUGCUUUCUAUUAGUCAUGAAUUUAAAGAAGUUUGAAACUCUUCUUCAUGUUCUAAAGCUGUAUGGUUAAAGUUUUAUUUUUCUAUAAUUGCUUUGAUACAGAGAGCAAAAAUAACAUUUGUUAGACUUAAUAUUUAGUUUUCUUUUUAAAGAGACAAAAAUACCAAGCUUUUUUUCAACUCCUCUGUGCUUAAAGGCAUCUAGUCCGUUGUUCUUUUUAUUGUUGCUCAUCCAAGAUGAGUGUAAGCAUUUUCCUACCAAUGCAAUAAAAUUAUGAAAUGUUUGCUAUGAGGAAAAAGCUACUCUUGUGUGGUUUCUGUUAUCUGCUUGUCUAAUUACAGUAUAUCCAUUUGUAAUUUUUAUUCUGUAUUUUUUCAGUCCUUGUUUUGGCAAUGCUUUACUUAUGUUUCCCUCCGAUGUCCAGGCUACAAAAAGUUGUAAACACGUAUUCCCUAAUAGCAAACAAAAAAAAACAGCCUCAUGCUGACGUUAGACAGAAGUGUAUUUUCAGAUGAGAUUUUGUAAUUAUCAGGUUUUCUCGCAGAUGGGGCUUUGUUGUUGUAAGACUGAAGAUAGCUGUGUCGCACUGCCACACACUUACAAGAAUACCGAAUGUCCCUAUGCAGCUCUAUCUAACCGUGAACUCAUUACAAAUUGUUGUGUAAUUGUCUUUAAUUCCGUAACUCAUAGGAGGUGCAAUUUGGCCCUGUGUUGUUUUCUCUGGCCCUUGUUUUUCUACUGCUCUUUUGGGAUUAUGGUCAAAAGAAAUAUCUCUUCUUGCCCUUUGCACACAAGUGUGCAGGAAGAGCUGGUAACGCCAAACUUUGUCCAUGUCUGUACGAGUCCUAUUGUUGCUCCCACUUUCUGUACUGGUGCUUCUGCUGUGUGCAGCUGGGAUGGGGUUUUCUGUGGUAGAAGAGGCUUUGCAGGAAAGGUGUGUGAACUUGGAUGCUUCCAAGAACUUAGAUGAUAACGGUUUCUACCAGGAUGGUGACGUGAUUGUUGGUGCUCUCAUUGAUGUACAUAACCUUGCUAAAACUCCUGACCUGAGCUUCACCAGAAAAACUGAAUUAGCGCCGUGCUUAGGUUUUCAGGAAAAUUCUGUGCCCUGGGUUCAGGCGAUUGUAUUUGCAGUUGAAGAAAUUAACCGGAGCCCAUCUCUAUUGCCGGGGGUCCGACUGGGUUACCACAUAAUGGAUAGCUGUUCCCGUUACCCCCACAGCCUGACGGCAGCUAUGUCAAUGAUCAGUGGAGGAAACAAAACCUGCGGCACCGCUAGACCCGCCAAGGUCAUCAUUGGAGAUUCUUCUUCUACUCAAAGCGUUCUUCUGUCCAGGACCCUGAGUCCCCUGCAGAUCGCAGUGAUCAGCUACCUGGCCAGCUGCCCGUGUCUUAGUGACAAACGAAAGUACCCUAAUUUCUUCCGCACUAUCCCCAGUGAUGCCUUUCAGGCACGCACCAUGGCACAGAUGGCCAAACGCUUCGGCUGGACCUGGGUCGGAGCCGUGGUUGCAGAUAACGACUACGGACGUGGGGCUGUGCAGGUGUUUGAGGAGGAGAUCAAGGGCACGGGUAUCUGCCUGGCCUUUUUUCAAACCCUCUACAGGGAGCAGUUAGCGAAGGAUGUAGCCCGUGCUGCCGCAACAGUCCAAGCCUCUUCUGCCCGCGUGAUCCUGGUGUUUUCCUGGUUUAUGGAUGUAGAGGUGUUUCUUUUGGAAUUGAUCCGCAGGAACGUGACGGACAGGCUAUUCCUGGCCAGCGAGGUUUGGAGCACUAGCGCCUAUCUUUUGGGCAAACCCCAGCUCUACACCAUCGCUAAAGGAACGCUGGGUGUAGCUUUGAGAAGCGCGUCUAUACCUGGUUUUGAUGUGCAUCUCCGGCAGCUACAUCCUGCCCGCUACCCUGAUGAUGAAUUCCUGAAGACCUUGUGGGAAAAUACUUUUGGCUGUAGCCUUAGGGAAAGCAGUUCCAAGGCUUUUCAGAAAGCCCUGCCUGUGUGCGAUGGCACAGAGAGUCUGGAGGGGGUUCAGAAUCCAUUUACCGAUACUUCUCAUCUGACAGUGACGUAUAAUAUUUAUUUAGCAGUAUACGCCGUUGCUCACGCACUUCAUUCCUUGCUGGAGUGCACCCCGCAAAAUAACUCUGAUCCUAAAAUAAAACUAAAGUGCUCCUCUCCAGACAACAUCACUCCAGCACAGCUUUUACAGAAAAUCGGACAAGUUCGUUUCACCACUCAGUCGGGAGAGGAGUUUUAUUUCCUGGAUGGCAGCAUCCCACCUGUCUAUAACUUGGUGAACUGGCAGAAAGCUCCUGAUGGUUCGCUCAAGUAUGUUUCUAUUGGACGAGUGGAUGGGAACCAACUUAUUAUUAAUGAGUCUGCCAUUUCAUGGCCUGGAGACUCCGGGAAGAUGCCGGUGUCCGUGUGCACUUCUGAGUGUCCCCCUGGGACACGUAAAGCCAUUCAGAAGGGUCUGCCAGUGUGCUGUUUUGACUGCCUGCCCUGUACGGAGGGAGAAAUCAGUAACAUUACAGGCUCAAUAAAAUGCUAUCGAUGUCCCCAAGAGUUCUGGUCUAAUAGUUUCAGAAAUGAAUGUGUGCCCCGUGAGACCGAGUUCCUCUCCGUUAGAGAAACAAUGGGCAUCUCGCUCAUAAGUCUCGCUGUUUCGGGAAUCGUCAUCACAGCUACAGUAGCUGUGAUCUUCCUGUACCAUAAGAGCACUCCGAUAGUCAAAGCCAACAACUCGGAGCUCAGCUUCAUGCUCCUUCUAUCUCUCAAGCUCUGCUUCUUGUGCUCGCUGGGGUUUGUAGGCCAGCCGUCGCUCUGGUCGUGUAGGAUUCAACAGGCCGCGUUUGGGAUCAGUUUUGUCCUGUGCGUCUCCUGUAUUCUGGUCAAGACGAUUGUGGUUCUCGUUGCAUUUCGUUCCACUAGACCCGGAUCCUCGGGUCUUAUCAAAUGGUUUGGACCAGGUCAACAGCGAGGAAGUGUUCUGGUCUUUACCGGUGUUCAGGUGGUCAUCUGUGCCGUUUGGCUCUCCGUUAGUCCACCUUCACCUCACCGUAACUUCGGAAUCCAAGGGUCAAAGGUCAUCAUUGAGUGCACAGUUGGGUCGGUUGUGGGAUUCAGCUGCGUUUUGGGCUACGUCGGCUUUCUGGCUGUUGUCUGUUUCCUGCUAGCCUUCUUUGCCCGUAAACUUCCAGAUAACUUCAAUGAGGCAAAAUUCAUUACUUUCAGCAUGCUGAUCUUCUGCGCUGUGUGGAUUGCGUUUGUGCCGGCGUAUGUCAGCUCGCCGGGGAAGUACAGUGUAGCUGUGGAAAUUUUUGCCAUAUUGGCCUCUAGUUUUGGACUCUUGUUUUGUAUCUUUGUCCCAAAAUGUUACAUUAUUUUACUCAAGCCAGAAAACAACACUAAAAGGUUUCUCAUGGGAAAAUGACAACUUCCUUCCUGUUUUGUCAUUCUGUUUUCUUAUAAUAAAGCUGUUCUGAGUCACAGCCACGUUUGUUUUUCGUAUUUAUUUAGUGCAAGUGCUUCUCAAAUUCGCCCUGAACAUAUUGUCCAGUUUCAUUAAUAUUAUUAAUUGUUUAAUUAUUCCAAUAUCCACCUGGGAGGCAGAAAAAAAGUAUUUUUUCAUGUCUUUACAUUGUUUAGCGCAUAAGAAUUUUUUUUUUUGUAUCAUGCAAUAUGUGUGUACAAAUUUCCCUAAACUUGUUUUCCCAUUAAACACAUACUGAUGUGUUUAGGAUAUUUUUCUAAAUCAGUCCUUUAACUGGAGAAGAAGGUCACCUUUUAUAUUAGGUUGCCUUAACUACUGUGUACAUGCAUCAAAAAAACAUAAGUACAAUGUACUUGUGUCCAUAUCAAAUAGCAAAACACUUGAGGUGGAAUUUAGGGGAUCUUUUGAUUGAGAUUGAGAGUUUUCUAUGAGGUUUCUAUUGUCUUUUAAUUGCAUUACACUGACUUAUCUCAUUUUAGACAGCAUUUGCACAUGAAGGUACGAAAUUAAGUAUUUUUAACAAUUCAGGACAAACGAAAUAAAGCAAUACACAAUCUGUGUAUUUUGCUCCAGUCUGCUAAUUUCUCUCCAUUAGUUUCUAUCUUAUCCGUCUGAGCAAAGCCUGCUGGCCCCAACCUUCUUCACAUUUCUCCUGCGCAGUGUCUGGUUCUUUUUCUGCAUCUCACCUCCACAAGCCCUCACCAGACCUGUAGAUAUAACUAUCCAGGGGCACCUGGAUUUUUCCCUCCUAUGUCUUACCCUUUUCUCUAUCAAUGACUUCCAGCAUUUUUUUUUUUUUGUUAUGAAUAUGAGGGGUAUGCUGAUAAAAUACUACUACUACUAAUAAUAAAAAAAUAAAUAGCACUAAAUAGUAAAUACAUUAAUAAAAUUAUUUAUUUUACAGUUUAAUGUUACUUCAGUGAAUAUAACUUGUUUCAAUACAGUAUGAAAAACAGACACUGCAUGAGUCAUCUGCAUGUACUGUAAUUCAUUUGUUUGAAUUAAAUACAAUAAAAACUAGAAACACACAUAUGUCUACAAGCAGGGUAUUUAUUGGUUUAUUGUUUUGAAGGUUCAUACAUCAGAGAUAUGCAGGCAGAAUG